AUGGCUCGCACAAUCCUCCUCGCCCUCUUCGGGCUUCUCCUUAUAACUUCAGGCGCAGAUGCGGCUCCGCGCAGGGGCGCCUCCAAGGGAAGCUCGAAAGGAAGCUCCAACACCUUGUCGCUCUCUGACGCAGUAAAAGCCUCGGAAAAGGCUAAGGGCGCCGUCUCAUACAGCCAAGACCUCGUCGCGCAGCUCACAACCAAGGCCACCGACGCAAUUGCCGCAUCCGCAACCAAGGAAACCGAAGAGGAGACGGCCCUCGCAAAUUACGACACCGCAGCUGACACUUUCGCGACGUCCGUCUCGGAUCUUCCCAAGGCCAACUUCAAUGCCGAUCGUAAGAAGGCCCUCCAGGCGCGGCUCGCGGAGAAGCUCAAGGCCGCAACUGCGCGGUCCGCGACUGCGAAGAAAUACUCCGAGGCGGUUACCGCAUUGGCUGCCCAAGUUGACGCUGCUGCCGGCGCUGCCGGCACCGGUUCCACCGCCGCCGCCGACGCUCUCACCGCCGCUCUUGACGCCGUCGAUGCCGCGAAUGCGGCAGCUAAGAGCGACCCGAGCCUGGCCACCCGCGCGAAAGCCGCCGAGAAGGCCGUCGCAGUGGCCGUCGCACAGAAGGAGACGGCCGACGCGGAUCUCGCGACUGCCGUUGCGGAUGCUGCUACCGCGCAGCAGGCGUACGAUGCCGCGAAGCAGGCGCUCGACGCGGCGGACGCCUCCCUGGCUCAGGUUCGCGCGGCGGUGAACAAGGCCCGGGUGACCCAGGCUGACAAGGUCAAGGCGAUGAGGGAUGCCGUGACGGGACUGUACGGGAAAAUCAUUUUGAACAUCGCCGCGUCGAAAACGUGGGUGGAUGUUACCACGUCAACGACCCUCGCCGGGCAGAAGGACUGGGAGAACCGCGCGUCAGGCAAGGCUGCAUCAGAUCCCAAGGCUCUCAGCAACAUGGACAGCAUCGUCAAGGGCUCUGAGAAGGGCCCCAGUGCCGGUGACUCCAGCGGCGGGGCUAUGUAA